AUGCCAGUAAUUGCAAUAAAGAAUUUGGACGUUUCGCUUGAAACACUUACUGCUAUCUCACUGUUUGGUGAGCUAUCGGAGUUCUAUCAUUCGUGUUCAGCUCGAACAACCAAACCGACAGAGCUUGUUUCAGUAAACCAGAAUCACUUUAUUGCACUUUAUAACGAAGCUAUCAACGCUGAAACACCACCAUGGAUUUCAUCUUACAAACUUUCUCACGUUCACGGCGAAAAUGUAGCCGAGCUGCAAGCAACUUUUUUGCUCAGAGAAUAUUUUCAGAAGUACGCUGAUUAUUUGCAACCGUACCUAACUAUUUUACAAGACUUGAUACCUGCAGUUUCCAAUGGAAAUAUGGCAGGUUUUGAAUUUCGGGAAAUGCAAAAAGAAGUACAGGAAUUAGCGAAUGAUCUGCCGAGAUCAGUAUCUCACGCUCAUGAUUAUGACGUUGCGAACUGUGAUGCAAUAUCGGAAGAUUGCGGAGAGCAACCGUCGAGCUUAUUUGAACUAAGAAACACUACGUCAUUGGAGUUACGUGUAGUUGAAGCUGGUUUAAUACUGAAAAGAGCUAUGCAAACUCAAGCGCCCGGAUUAAUACAAGAUAGAAAAGGAUAUAACCAAAUUCACCUGGCAUGUAUGGUUGGUACAGAAAUGGUGGACUGGCUCCACAAUUUUGUUGUUGAGACAUUGAACUCAAAUGUUUCUUCAUUAACACGAUUACAUAUCAUCGGGAUGUGGCAAGCGCUUCUGGAAUAUGGUAUCAUCUCCCAUGUUUUUAAUUCCUUGUCACCUAUUUUAAUUGAGGCAAGAAGCAUUAUAAAAUUGUCACUUACCGGAAUUGAUUUCAGUAAAAUGAAUGGAGACUUGGGGCUAAUUGAAGGUGGAUUACCGAAAACACCAUACAUCAACGACGUUGCGUCAGCGAUAUUCAGCCUAAGUACAAUUGGACCAGAUGCACUAUUUCGAAUGGUUCUUGAAAAACCGCCUUCUGAGAGAACGGCGGAGGAACUGGAAGUUGUAUAUGAGGAACUUUUGAACAUCAAAGCAUUGGCACAUUUGAGCACGAUGGUGAAACGGGAAUUAGCAGCGGUAAUUCGCUAUGAGCAACAUCAGCAUGCCGGAACAAUCCUUUUUAAACAAGGUGAUCCUGGAAAUUGUUGGUUCAUUAUUCUCAGAGGAUCUGUUAACGUGUGCAUUUAUAAUAAGGGUGUCGUCUGCGUGCUACAAGAAGGUGACGAUUUUGGAAAAUUAGCAUUAGUGAAUGAUGCUCCCCGAGCAGCGACAAUUUCGUUACGUGAAGACAAUGCACAGUUUUUACGGGUUGAUAAAGACGACUUCAAUAGGAUCUUACGAGAUGUUGAGGCAAAUACUGUACGCUUGAAGGAACACGGUCAGGACGUGCUUGUGCUGGAGAAGUUGAACACCAGCUAUAAACAUCGGAUGUAUGCAGAUUCAUUUGUUGGCGAGACGAGUAACCAAGAACAUCAGUGUUGCUAUUCUGUGAUGGCAGGAGUUCCAGAGAAGAUAGUUGAUUAUCUUUUAGAAACUCGAGUUGACGCUCAAAUCAAUGACGGUAGUAUCGAUACAAUUUUGGAAGACUUUCUACUCACACAUUCAAUUUACAUUCCUCCCAAUGUCCUCUGUAAAUACUUAAAGACUUAUUACAUGCAGCAGUCGACAAAUGCGAAUGUUGUUGAAACUGACAUAUCGUACGAUAAUGUUGAUCAUGUAAUAGCUGCGAAACACAGAGUUGUUGCAUUUCUCGAAUUGUGGAUAAACACUCUGGGACUGCAUUUUUUUCUUAAUUCUGCUACCAAUAGUUUUGUUGAGGAACUUUUCUGCUGUGUUUUGGAGGAUAGUAAGUGCCUGGAUGGAAUGCAGUCAGUUUUUCAAAAAAUGUUAGAAAUUAGACAGUUUCGUGAGAACGCAAUGCAAAGUUUAAAUCGACAUCCAACUGUUGUAUUGGAGCGUGGUACAUACAAUGUUGAGGCUCCAGCACCCAAUCCAAUACUUCCCUUUGACACUUGUGAGCAGGUGAUCUAUGUCCUAAAUAGUGCUCCAAUUACUUUAAGUUUACGACUGGAUAAAACGGCAGCAGAAGUGUGCGAACUUGCAAAGACAAAGUUGCACUAUGGUGGACCAAAUGAGGAAUUCCAGUUAGUUGAGGUUAAAAGCAGUGGAGAACGAAUUGUCCUGUCACCCUCAGAAGUUGGUAUUCCAACAAUGUUAUUCCUAAACAGUCGGCUGUAUCUAACAUAUACCGAUAAUGAUUCACAUCUGCCUCCGAUGCCAAGACAGUAUGAACCGGAUCCAGCAUAUUAUUAUUCUACACUUGAAAAUCUCAGCAGUUUAGAAAUUGCUCAUCAGCUUUUCGUCUUUCAUAUGCAGUUAUUUGAAGCUACCAGUGAAAUCGAACUUGUUACACAGGUAUUUGGUCGUAAUCAAUUUCCUGGUUGGAUUCCAGCAAAUUUAGACUUAUUGCUACGACGGUUCAAUGAAGUACAGUUUUGGGCUACAACGGAGGUUCUAUUAGCUCAAGGGCCGUCCAGGCGUCUAGCAACCCUUAAAAAAUUGAUAAAAAUAGCUGCUUAUUCUAAAGAGAAUCGAGACCUAAUGUCACUCUUUGCUAUAACGCUAGGUUUGAGUAAUAUUGCAGUAAGUCGGCUUUCGCAGUUGUGGAAUAAAUUACCGGCAAAACUACGACGACAAUAUGCAGAAUUUGAGGCUUUAUUGGAUCCGUCUCGAAAUCAUCGUGCGUAUCGGAUGUUGGUGGCGAAAAUGGUACCUCCUACAAUACCAUUUGUACCCUUGUUGCUCAAAGAUUUAACAUUCAUUCAUGAAGGAAACAAGACUUUUUUUGGAGAUCUUGUCAACUUUGAAAAAAUGCAGAUGGUAGCACAUAUGUUACGGACUUUUCGGCACUGUAAAGGUGUUUAUCCAGGUAAAGAUUUCAGAGAAAAUUUUUCAGUAUCUUUCGAACAGAGGAGGAUGUUUGAUAUGAAGAAUGCUGUAAGGUAAGA